CUCCAUUAUCUCUCUAUCUCUUUCUUUUAUUUUUUCUCUCUCACAGAGAAGAAGAAGACAAUGCCAGUUUCUGCAGAGCCAUCUUCAUCUUCUUCAACAACAAUCGGUCAACACAUCAGACUCCAACGACCUAGGAAUCAUCGAAAUCUCCCACCCAUUUCCACCGCCGACGAACCUCUAAUCCCCAAACCUAGCCGCGUCUCUAAAUCCGCCAUGUCUUCCUUCUUCCUCUUGCCAGAAACCACAAAGAAGAAACCCCAAACGGCGUCGUUUCGUGGCCUGGGAUGCACAACCUCCGCAUCUCAGCAAGUUUCUGUCCCGGCGGUGAUUCGCUCCUCCGCGGAUUGGGAUGCGAGUAAUUUCAAAAUGAAGAAGACGAAGAAGAAGAACAAGAACAAAGGUAGUAGUAGCUACAAUGGUGGUUCGAUUAAGAUCUUGAGCGAAGCUAGUAGUAGUAGCGUCUCUUGCGCAGCGAUUCCUGAUGUUUGGUGUGGACCUGGUGUUGGGUUCUCAACGGAUGCUGUCGUCGCCGACACCGUCGAGUCAGAUCCUCCGAGAAGGAAUCUUCCGGUGAGACGCAAAAUCGAUGGAGAUAAAACCAAUAGUAGCAGUAAUAAUCAGAGAGAGGGUUCUUCUCUUCUUCCCAGACGAUCUCUCAAUCAAGAAUCUAAUCCUUACUUUGAUUCUGAUUCGGCUUUUUUGACAUCGCGUGCUGAACAGACUGAUAGAUAUCAUCGUCAUCUAAGACAGUCUUACCCUGAUGGACUCGCUGAGAUGAUGAUGCUGCAGAAUGGUUUUGUGAUGGGAGGAGUAAUAAGCUCAUUCGAUCAAUUCCAUGACAUGAGGCUCAAUGUUGAUAACAUGACAUACGAGCAACUUUUGGAGCUUGGUGAAAGAAUUGGUCAUGUGAACACUGGACUAAAUGAAAAACAGAUCAAAAGCUGUCUCCGGAAAGUCAAACCAUUCUGUUUCGAUACACCAGUUGCAGAUAGAAAGUGCAUCAUUUGUCAAGACGAGUAUGAGGCAAAGGACGAGGUAGGGAAAUUACCGUGUGGGCACAGGUUCCAUAUCCACUGUGUGAAACAAUGGCUAGUGAGGAAGAACUCUUGUCCCGUCUGUAAAACGAUGCCGCACGAUAUAUCUUAGAUAUAGAUAUUUAUCUCUUCCUGUGAUGUGAUUCUUGAUUUCGGGAUUGAAACCAAAUCACUAUUUUAUGUUAAGAUUCCUUUUUUGGCUUUUUGUUCAUGAUUGCUAUUUUUCUGAGAAAAAACUGUUGAGACCUUU